AUGUCAAAAGAUUCCAUCGGCGAAGGUCAAUAUUCUCGAGAAAAUUAUCAUAUCGGCAUAGCGAACGAAGGAGAUACAAUUACACUCAUUUGUCCGACUCUUUGUCCUCGAUUGGAUCGAAAGGGUCGAGUAACCGAAACAUAUUUGAGGAACCAUUGGAGGUUUAAUCCAAAAGGAACUGGACUCAUUAGACAGAUCGAUUUUUCCGACGGUCGUUAUCACAUCGAUAACCAUUUGAAUUUUAUUAUUCUCGAAGGGUCAGUUAACGACACUGGAACUUAUUAUUGUUUCCGUCCAAAGAAGUCCGAGUCCGAGUUAAUUGCAGCGUUUGCAAUCACGAUUGUCAAGAAUCAACAGCGACAGAUUUCAAUUGCGAAAAUGGGAUUUGAAAAUGAAGAAUCAUUUUCGAUUUGGUGGCGAAAAACUGAUUGGAGUCUUUGUGAUCGAUGUGGUUCCGUUGGACUGUCCAAACAAAUUGGAUUCUGUCAUAUUAAGCCCGUUGAUAUUCCUGAUUUGAUCAAAAACCCCAUUUUGCAAUUCUUAUUUUAUCAAAAUGGUUCGAUCCCGUGUCGAUCUUUUUUAGUACCAACUUUUAUCUCGGAUGUUGUUAAGAAAUUUGGAGAUAAGAUCAUUUAUCGUUUGUGUUCAACUAAUUGUUCGCAAGGAAUUGAACUGAUCAAGGAUCAUUCGAGUGGAAAAGUUAUCGAUUUCAUCGAUAAGUCGAUCGACAUUUACUCUGUUAAUCAACCUUUACCUUCGUUCUCUGAAACUUUACCACAUAAGGCCAUCAAUCGAAAUGCGGGCUCGUCGAUAUUGAUGGUUUGUCCAGGACGGCGAGGAAAUCAACCAAUCCAAUGGUUUAACAAUUCGCGUUUUCUAAGUCCCAUUCGAGUCAAUGAACGGACUUUAGGCCGAGUUAAGGUUGACUUUCAUUAUCGUCUUCAUAUUAGGAGACUUGAAACUUACGAUUCUCAAGUUUACAGCUGUCGAAGUCAUGGAAAAAAAAUUGGAACAGUUUUUUUAAAUGUCGUUCUUGUUGAACUUAACGUCAUUUCUCCGAAAAUAUACAAAUAUAUUCAGUUUUAUGUGCUAGCAAUUGGAAUUUUCCUAAUUGCAAGUUCCAUUUAUAAAAAUCGAUUCAGAAAAUUCUGAUUCCAAAAA